GAUUCCGGAUGUGUUUUCAAACAGCGAAAAGCCCGAAGUGGCGAGUUUUAGCAUCGUUUAUGCGGCUUUGAAUCACCAGCACGGCUUUGUGUGUCUGUUUGCAGGCAUUUCAGUCGUCCGUGCUGGAGGAUGUCAACGCCGGACAGAGGUGGCCUACGCCGCGUAACCCGCUGAGGUACCGCGCGUCAUCUAUAUGGGCCAUCUUCUCUCAAAAAAUGGUCACUGUCUGAAGAAGAGGAGCCGGAAGCUGCGCAGGAAGAGGAGGCGGCGGGACUGCUUCCUGCAGGGCCCUUGUAUGCUCUGCUUCAUCGUGCACACCGGUGCUGAGAGCUUCGAGGGCGAUCAGUGUUUCGAGAGCAGGCACCGCACCGGCGGCGCGGCAGCCGCCACCAAACUCGCAGAGUGCUACGCUGCAUCACUGGGCUCGCCAGACGACUGCGCCGAGUUCUUCCUGUCACCCGGGGAACUGGCCGUGUGGGAGGGCCAGGGCCGGAGCCUGCUGUCUGCCGUGCCGGCCAAGCUCGUCGGUGCCCCGCUGUUCUGCGUGCCCACCGCCACUGCCGACUACGCCGAGAUGGUGUGCAAGCGCAAGUGCGGCGAGCUGCAGCGCGCCGCUCCCUGCAAGCAGCCGCGCUGCACCAUCCGUGAUGGACGCCCCGAGGGCGGGGGCCAGGAGAGAGGCUCUCCUGCUUCGGCUGGCUGCUGCCUCCAGCCCCAGCACUGCCCUUUGCCUUCCUCUGCCUCCUCCUCCUCCUCCUCCUCCUCCUCCUCCUCAGAGGAGGAGAGCUCGGGCGUGGGACUGCAGACGGACUCGGGCGAGAGUCCCGCAAGUAGCACCGCCACGCCCGAGAGCUGCUGCUGCUGCUCUUCCUCUUCGUCCUGCCCAGCGUCCUGCAGCGACGUCUCGGAGGGUGUGGACAUAUCCCGCAUCAACCAUCUGCCUUCGUCCAUUCUGCUCAAGGUUUUCUCUCAUUUGUCAGUGAAGGAGCGUUGUCUUAGUGCCUCCCUGGUCUGCAAGUACUGGCGCGACCUCUGCUUAGACUUCCAGUUUUGGAAGCAAAUUGAUCUCAGCGGCCUCCAACAAGUGAAAGAUGACCUCCUGGUAAAGAUAGCCUCACGUAGGCAGAACGUGACAGAGAUCAACAUCUCUGAUUGCCGCAACGUCCAGGACCACGGAGUGUGCACGCUGGCCUCCCACUGUCCUGGCCUGCUCAAAUACACAGCAUACCGCUGCAAGCAGCUGAGCGACCUGUCCCUCUGCACGGCGGCCUCCUGCUGCCCGCUCCUGCAGAAGGUCCACGUGGGCAACCAGGACAAGCUGACCGACCACGCUCUCAAACAGCUGGGUGAGCACUGCCCAGAGCUGAAGGAUGUCCACUUUGGGCAGUGCUACAACAUCAGCGAUGAGGGCCUCAUGGUGCUGGCCAAGGGCUGCCCUAGACUGCAGAGGAUCUACAUGCAGGAGAACAAGCUGGUGACAGACAGAUCGGUGCGGGCGUUUGCCGAGAACUGUCCCGAGCUGCAGUUUGUGGGCUUCAUGGGCUGCUCGGUGACCUCACAGGGGGUCAUACAUCUCACCAGGCUGCGGAACCUGAGCAGCCUGGAUCUCCGACACAUAUCCGAGCUGAAUAACGAGACAGUGAUGGAAGUGGUGAGAAAGUGCCGGAAGCUCAGCUCGCUCAACCUCUGCCUCAACUGGAGCAUCAACGACAGGUGCGUGGAGAUCAUUGCCAAGGAGGGAAGAAGUUUAAAAGAGCUAUACUUGGUGUCCUGUAAGAUCACGGAUUAUGCCCUGAUAGCCAUCGGGCAGUACAGCAGCACCAUUGAGACGGUGGACGCGGGCUGGUGUAAGGAGAUCACAGACCAGGGAGCCACCCAGAUCGCCAUGAGCAGCAAGUCUCUGCGCUACCUGGGUCUGAUGCGGUGUGAUAAGGUGAAUGAGGAGACCGUGGAAAGACUAGUCGUGCAGUACCCACACAUCGUGUUCAGCACAGUGAUGCAGGACUGUAAGCGAACGCUGGAGAGGGCCUAUCAGAUGGGCUGGAGCCCCAACACCUCCACUGCAUCCUAGCCAACACACACACACACACACACACACACACACACACACUCCUGUACAAUCAUGAUGACAGAGAUGAACUCAUGUUUGUCUUCUCUCUCAGCACAGCUGGUCAGUUAUAAGAGCAUUAACAUUUUGCUGGUACCAUUUCAUUUAAGCCCUUAAUCAGGUUUUGUGUUUCGUUGUUUUUGUUUUUCUGUCAUAGGCAGUCAUAAGGCCAGCAUACUUUCAGUUCAGACUUGAAAUCUUAGCCACUCAGAACAUACCGUCAUAUAUCUGUCUAGAAACCGCUCAAAGAUCAUCUUUUUCCAUGAAGGAGCAUUCACGCUAGGCAUCGCCGAUUUGAGGAACAGUUGUCGUUCGCGGGGGCCACAGGCCGGAGUUGGCUGUGCUUGGGUCUACGUUAUCAGCAGUGCUCGUCAUAUGCCCGUUAACACAGGCUGCUCUGUCUGCCCAUCCCCCGGGCCCAGAUUUACUACAUCCCCCAGAGAACUCAGAGAAACAGAGCAUCUGAAGGCUUCCACCAACAGCCAUGGUGACCAUUAAGGCUAAAUGUUUAGACUUCUUAUCAAGUGACCGUACAACAUGAAACCUGAAGUUUGAAUGUUUUCAGUAUUAGGGGUGCGUGGAGCAUCCGUGACCUGUGUUAGAGUCAGACCUUCCACUCCAGCAGUAGCUUCAGUCUUUGUUUCAGUUCAGUGAAGUAGGAAAAUGCAACUCUAAACGCGAACGUUGUUGUAGAAAGGAGUAGAGCCCUCCACGUCUGUAGACUCCUCCUGGAUUAUACCGGGGGGGGGGAGACUUUCAACACCUCCUGUUCAUCUUUCUUUUGAAAAGCAAUGUUGUUUAACUCUUGUGAUAAUGUAAACAGUGGUUUGAAGUUUGUUUUGGCUGUACAACGAUGUAGGGUGAUUUUUGAGAAAACCCAAGGGUUAUUCAGUAGGGGAUUUUGCAUAACCUUCUAUUAAUAUUGUGUUGCAAGGCGCCUGUAUUUGCCUGCAAUCUAACUGAGUUCUCGACUGAUUAAACUCAUCCAUUUGAAAUAUAGAGGCUAGAACUAAUUCAUUCCCCCUAGGUUUCCUAGCUAGCCUGUGAUAUACUCUUAUGCAAACAACCAGGGUAUUUUCCUAUUGUGUAAAAAUAGCUGCAGCCAAUUCUUGUAGCUGUUGCACUGUAUCACAUGGUAAAGGGGGAGGCAGAUCUUAGUUACAAUGUUAUCUUUUACUGUACUUGGGGAUCUGAGUCUAUUAAAAAAAUACACUUAUUCUUCUC